CCUCCCGUCACUUGCCGCCAUCCUUGUGUGUGUGCCUGUGACCUGCCACUGCCCAUACAAACGCGAGUGUGUUGGUCCGCAUGCACAGAUGCAGAAGCUGACACAGGUGGAAGAGCAGUUGUUCCUCAGGCCGCAAAGCAGGUUCCCCUUUAUAUUAGGACAGUAGUCAUAGGACGAGGGUCCACCCCAAUGAGCGCAGUGCAGCUUGAUUACCUCUGGAAGGACCUUUUCAUUCUGGAUGGGAGGAUGGAAGCAAACCAGAGUGGGGGGACUCAUGGAUGGAGUAGAGAGUCCACGCCCCAUGAUGGUGAUGAUGACGUGAUGGGUAGCCACCAGGUGUGACUGUCCUGUUAGGGGCCAGGUACUCACAGCCACGUGAACUCUGAGGCUCUGCCAGCUGCUGUGACUGGACUGACAUUCGGCCCCGGGGCCCUGCUCGUCGCACUGCACAGCUCUGUCCUCCAGCAAGGAGGAGGGCCUCCCCAAGUACAAGGAAAGAAGGCCGCCUGAGCCCCACGGGUCUCCGGGAAGAUGAAGUUCUGCUGCCUCUCCUUCCGGCAGCCUUAUGCAGGUUUUGUCUUAAAUGGGGUCAAGACCUUGGAGACCCUUUGGCGUCCCCUGCUGAGGAGCCACCGGCACUGUACCCUGGCCAUCCACAUUGCUCGCAGGGAUUGGGAAGACGCCUCCUGGAGGGAGCUGCUGCUGGAGAGGCUGGGCAGGACCCCCGCUCAGAUCCAGGCCUUGCUUCAGGAAGGGGAGAAGUAUGGCCGUGGAGUGAUAGCCGGGCUCGUUGACGUUGGGGAAACUUUGCAGUGCCCAGAAAACUUGGCUCCAGAUGAGGUCGUGGAAAAUCAAGCUCUACUGACCAACCUGAGGCAGAAGUACCUGACUGCACUUUCAAACCCCAGGUGGUUGCUGGAGCCCAUACCCAGGAAAGGCGGAAAGGAUAUCUUCCAGGUAGACAUCCCAGAGCACCUGAUCCCCUUGGGGCAAGAGGCCUGACGGAGGCGGCUCUUCAGAGAACGGGCACUGAGGAAACAGCUGAAUCAUGACCGUCCACUCACCAUCGAGCUGCGGAUGGACAUACAGAUCGGGUUCAAUCUCAAUUGGCCGCGCUACGGGGAGCACUAACCACCACGUGCUGUUCGUGUACACAGAUUUCUCCACUCAGAUGCAGGGGACCUUCUUAUGGGGUGCCCUUCUGGGCUCA